AUGGGGUCAAGCUCCCCUCUGAGGGCUCCAGAAGGUAAGGCACUCCUACUGUGGUGGAUGGUGGAUGGCUCCGACACCAAUGACAUCCUUAAAUGGGUCAAGAGCCAUCAGCACUGGCAGGAGAUUUGUAACUUCAAACAUGGCUGCUUUCCUGGGGUGACACCAGUGAUCCAGCAGACACUGGAGCCACUUGGUUGUAACUAUUCCAUCUAUAUCCACAGUGUCCCCAGCAAGCAUGCUGGAAGCUACCACUGUGACUUGAGUGAGAAAUCAGAAAAGGUCCUGGAGGAGGGCACCUCCAUGCUUGUGAAAGGAGCUGGGGACCCAGACCCAGACCUCUGGAUCAUCUAGCCCCGGUUGGUAUUGGCAACCACUAAAGACACUGUAUUCCUGAACAGCACAGUGCUUGGAGAAAGUCCCCCAGAACCCAUUAGGUGGUUUCAGGGGGCUGGCCUGAGCCGGGAAGCCAUUUACAACUUUGAAGUUAUCUUCCACCCCAACAUGACAGCAGUCCAGGACUCCAGGAGUGAUUUUAGCAUUCUUCUGCAAGGUGCCUCCACUGGAUAGGUAGGCAACUACUACUGUGUCAAGUUUCAGAGGUAACUCAAUGGACAAUACCUGUCUGGACAGGGCACCAGGCUGAGAGUAAAAGCAAACCGCACUUCUCCCCAAGAGACAGAAUUCAUCAAUGAGCAUAUAGACAGGAUGUUUCUAUCAGGUAAAUGUACCUACCUGUGUGAAGGUAACCAGUCCCCACAGACAAGGGCAGUCAAACAUGGCUUGGCCGUGGGAAGGGAGCAAUCCCUGACUUCUGGGUUAUCUGCCACCAAGAAAAUAGUCCCAGGACUUCUCAACUGCAGAACCAGGAAACCAGAGAUCCAUGUUGAAGCUCAGUCAAAGAAAGGACUCUCUAACAACCAGUGCUGGCUGUUCAGAGGGCAGUCUUGCUUGAGAGGUAGUGAGCUCCCCGUGAGCCAGGGCAAGGAUACAGCAUGA